AUGAAAGCGGGCUAUGCCUCCGAUGCGACCUCCGCCGAAGAAGCCCUAUCCGCAUGCACCACGAUUCCAAACUGCCUCGUCAAGACGCGCGAUAAUCGCAUUGUGGUUGGUCCGCAGAUAUCCUCUACCGUCAACGACUGGAACGAGGCGAUGUUCCGCCGGCCGGUGGAGAAGGGAUAUCUCGUGAAUUGGGAGGCGGAGAGGGAGAUUUGGGAGCAGUCUUUCUUCGAGGAGAAGGCUACGGCGCGGAAUAAGGGUAUUCGGAUCCCGACGCCGGAAGAUACGACGCUCGUGCUUACCGAGGCGCCGAAUACCAUGCCUGUUUUGCAGCGCAAUACGGACGAAAUGGUGAUGGAGGAAUGGGGCUUUGGCGGUUAUGUGAGGUGCUUGGGCCCGACGCUCAACGCAUGGAAUGAGGUCCAUUCAUUAUUUGGAGACCCGCUCCGCAAGCCCGAGACGGGUAUCUUGCCUGCUGAUUGCCUUUUUGUUGUCGACUCCGGUUAUUCACAUACGACCGUGACGCCCGUAUAUAGAGGACUCCCCAUCCAGCGCGCGAUACGCCGCCUUGACAUUGGCGGCAAACACCUGACGAACUACCUGAAGGAGAUCGUGUCUAUGAGGCAGUACAACAUGGUGGAUGAGAGCUAUAUUAUGAAUGAGGUGAAGGAGUCAGUGUGCUUCGUGACCAAUGAUUUCACGACGGAUAUGGAGAAGACUUGGAAAGCGAACCUCAAGCGCCAGGCUGCUUCGGACGAUAGUAUUGUGGUGGACUUUGUGCUUCCGGACCCCAACGCGAACAAGAAGGGUUUCAUGCGACCGCACGACCCUCUGUUGGAGGCGAAGAAGAAGAAAGGCGCGCUGUCCGGGCUAAGUUCUGAAAUUCUUUCCGAGGAUGUUUUGGUUUUGGGCAAUGAGCGCUUUGCUGUUCCGGAGCUUUUGUUCCGCCCCAGUGAUAUUGGAAUGAAACAGGCUGGAGUCCCCGAGAUGAUCCUGCAGAGUUUGUCUGUUCUUCCCGCUGGACUGCAUGCUGCCUUUUUGGCAAAUGUUUUCGUCGUCGGUGGUAAUGCUGGGAUCCCAGGCUUCAUGGAGCGGCUUGAAACCGAGCUGCGUCAAAUUACAUCAUCCGAAUGUGUCGUGAGAGUGCGCCGGGCUGAAGAUCCCAUCUGUUCUACAUGGCUGGGAGGCUCCCGCCUCGCAACCAAUCGAGAAGAGCUGAGCAGGGUUGCGAUUUCCAGACAAGAGUAUCAGGAAUAUGGAUCUGGAUGGGCUGGCCGAAGGUUCGCUGGGAACAUUUGA